ACCAUUAACAGCUGAUUGCAGCUAUCACUUUGUUUUUGGAAAAACUCGGAAAAACUCCCAGAGAUGGAUGCUGAGAAGCCCACUACAAGUGCAUCUGCUGCCGCGGCACAGGAUCCAAAUCAGCUCCUGGACUCUCCGCAACACGGACCUACCUUGUCCAGCGCAUCCAGUUUUGAGGCAUUGACGCGCCACGACCCGAAUCUUAGUCGGCUGGCCACGAAAAUGUUCCAAAAGACGGAGGAGUACAUCACCCACGAACUGAAUGCGCCCCUGGAGGACUACAAGCUGCUGGAGGACAUGAACAAGGCUACCAUAGCCAAAUACAAAGAUAUGCGACAAAUUGCGGAGAACCUAAAUGCUUCGACCAGCGAGCUCAGCCUGAAGUUUCAGCAAUUGGCUCCACUAAUGCAGCAAAUUGAUGAGAUCUCAGACACAGUGGACAAACUGGAAGCGGCGGCCUACAAACUAGACGCCUACAGCAUCGCUCUGGAAAACCGUGUAAAGUGCGUGCUCCAAAGGAAAUCCGGUGGUCAGGUGGCGCAGUGAACAAAUAAGACUAGUCGUCUGUCUACAAAGGCUUUAUGUGGUACAUUUAUUACAAUAGAUCUUAUGUCGUCAACCAAGUAAUAAUUUAAAUAAAAUUGCAAUUAUGUUAAGGAAUAUCAAGGGAA